AUGUGGUCCAGUGGCGUUCUGACAGGGCUGAUCGCCCUGGCAAGCCUGGCACGCAACACCGUCGCCGCCAACUCGUCUGCAUCUGAGAUUGCCUAUCACCGGGAGUACCUGUACGUGGGCGGCCAGUACGUUCAAAAUGCGGACGGCGAUCACUUGUUCGCCGACCAGAUGUACGUGGAGAAGCUCACCCCCCAGGGGGGCGCCUCCAAACCGCAUCCCAUCGUCUUCAUCCAUGGCCAGGCGCAGACAGGCACCAACUGGCUGAACAAGCCCGACGGUGGCCGCGGAUGGGCCUCAUACUUCUUGGAGCAGGGCUAUGAAUGCUACCUGCUGGACCAGACCUUCCGGGGUCGCAGCCCUCACGUCCCCGGCAAUGGGACGAUGAAGACCUACAGUGCGGAGAAGCUGCAGAAGCUGUUCACGGCCCCGAAGAAGUACAUGCAAUGGCCUCAGGCGGCGCUGCACACCCAGUGGCCCGGCACCGGCCUCAUGGGCGACAAGAUCUUCGACACCUACUACGCCUCCACCGUUGACUUCUUCGGCGAGGCCGUGGGCCAGCAGAUCACCGUGCAGCGGGCCGGUGCGGCGUUGUUGGACCUCAUCGGCUGCCCGGUUAUCCUAUUGUCUCAUUCUCAGGGCGGCAUUAUGCCUUGGAUUCUCACCGAGGUGCGCCCCGACCUGGUGCAUGCCAUCGUCUCGUUGGAGCCCUCCGGUCCGCCCUUUGGUGGUGUGACCGCGAACGCCUCGUCGCUGGCCUACGGUCUAUCGGACAUUCCCUUGACCUACUCGCCCGCCGUCACCAACCCGAAGACCGACUUCGCGCUCAAGAAGCUACCCAGCAACUCGACCGCACGCGACGAGUGCGUGCUGCAGGCCGACCACCCAACGCCUCGCAAGCUGGUCAACCUGCAGAAGGUCCCUGUCGUCCUGGUCACGACCGAGUCCUCCUACCACGCGCCCUACGACUGGUGCACGGUCAAAUUCCUGAAGCAGGCCGGUGUCUCCGCCGAGCACAUGCAGCUUGGCGAGCUCGGUAUCCACGGCAACGGCCACAUGGUCUUCCUUGAGAAGAACAGCGACGAAGUGGCCGGCGUGAUCCAGAAAUGGAUCGAAAAGCAAUAG